AUGAGCAAGUUUCUCACCACUAGCGGUACGCGCAAGCAUAUCAAGUUGGAAAACAACUAUUACUCCAAGGAUACUCCUGACGUCCAAAUCUCGAAAGUGUUGGAGGACCAAAAGAAAAUGAACGGUGGCGGCAACCUGAAGAACUGGUCGCUGAGCGCUCGUAAGGAAUUGGCAGGAGGGAAAAGCGCCGCCUUUCUCGUGCCCAUAUUCUCAAAGAACCAUGAAGCUAAAACUUGGAGCUACGAGGCCCCGAAACUCGCCAUGGUGGUUGCUUCGCCUGUUCUUCGAGACCAUUUCGUGCAGAAUCCCGAGUCAACCGAGUUUCAUGCACUUAAUUCCCAUUUCAAGGCCAAGGCUAUUGAAGCGAUAGCGCACUGGCUACGAAUUGCUAUGACUGUGCCGGAGCUACGCAACAUCCAGUUGUCGAAGAUCUCCCCGACUAUGAGCAACGCGGAUCUCAAAGAUUCUCUGGACUUGCGAGUUGCUAUGCAGCUACUUGGCAUGAGCCAGUACAUCGAUCACUUUGCGUCGAAGUAUCAGUCCACGCUGGUAUAUCCUGGACCAUCCGCUGCGAAUUCGAAUGCCACCACUCUUCGAGUCCCACAUACGGAUGAGGCGCGCACUAUACUUGACCACGCAGUCAUGCCUGCCCAGAACGGUCGCGACGAGGUGGUAGAUGCACUUGCGUAUCACUUGGUUGUAUUGAAGAAGAAGAAGAUGUUGGGUGCUGAGUGGACCGCUUUCCUGGCAGACUUCACGAAUCUUAUGCUUAGCCAUGCAAUGAAGCUUGCAGAGGCCCGAUUCACAGAGAAGGUCAAGAAGGAACGCAAGGAGCGGGAGAAGACCAAGAAGGACGGACGUCGGAGGGAGGCCGAAGGAGGCACCAAGAAGGACAAGAUCACAGCUAGUGAUGCCCUGAAGAACAGCAAGGGUGCCCACGAGGCGAAGCCGACUCUGUCGAAGAGCAGGACGACUAACCUCUUCGACCUCUUGUCAGAAGAGGACGAGUAG